AUGAACGAUCGCGACAACGUGGACCGCGUCGAGCAGGCGAUUCUGGGUCUGCGCCACCUCAGCGAGCGUGAACAACAAUCUGCACAAUCGUCCUCACAGCUGAAGGCGACGCUGAGCAAGAUUGAUCAGAUUGCACUAAAAUUAGUCGUGCCCGGCAGGUAUCUGCUGCUCGAUGGCGCUGCGAACGACAGUGUGGCCAACGCGAACCGCGUUGAGAAGGCCGAGCAAGCCAACGCAGAGCAAGAGCUGACUGAACUGAUACGCGCCAACCGGGAGCAUGUGGCCAUCAUCAACUCCAAAACAGUCCCGCUAACCCAGUAUCUUGGAUCCGAGUACACAAAACAUAUCGACAAGCUACACAGGCCCACCAAGACGUCUCGGUCGCCGGAGCUUGUCUCGCAGCUGCACGACUACCAAGAGUUGGGUAUUGACAUGCUCAUAGAACUGGGCAACGGCAUCUACAAGGGCGGUAUAUUGGGAGACCCUUGUGGUCUAGGCAAAACGGUACAAUGCAUAGAAGCAUCCAUGCGUGAUCGUGUACCUGGUUGGCCCGACCUCGUAGUCACGACUAAGUCGUGCGCUCUCCAAUGGAAGGCCGAAAUAGGCAAGCACUACUCGCCAGACCGACAACCCAAAAGCCUGAUCCUCAACGACCCCCGCACCACCGCCAAUGCAAUACUCGAGGGCAAAUACCAGUUCGUCAUUGUUACAUACAACUUCGUGAUGUCGCGUUAUCGCGAAUAUCAGAAGUACCGUCCUUUCUUCGAUUUGGUGGCACUCUUGGGCAUGGCUGAAGCGCUCGAACUCUGCUCGACACCUGAGCAUAAGCACUUGCUCCCACUGAACGUCGUUAAGAGAAGUGCCAACGCCUUAUUCUCAGACGUCUUCGAGGAAGUGGGCGUGAUUUGGCACCACUUGAUUCUCGACGAAGCCUCAUUCGUCAAAAACACGAAAAGUGAAACACACAACGCGGUCCGCGCGAUACGCACAGAGAAGGUCUGGAUGGCCUCGGGCACAUUCUUGGAUAAUAGGUGGUGGGACAUCCACGGUCUCUGUGCGCAGUUGCCGGGUGUUCACCCCUUCCAGGACAAACGGUUGUUCGAGCGAGCAUUUGCACAGAAGGCUGACGGACGGUUCCAAGACCCGUCUGUGUCGAAAAAAAACCGACUUGUCAAAUGGUUGCAAGGCUUCACAAUCUGCCGACCCGAUACAGUACUUGAUCUUCCCGGCCUAAAGGUUGUUUGGUGGAAUUUCGAGCUGGCCGACGACGACGAAAUGACCGUUGCUGCACAUGCCGUAAAGUUCAUCUAUGCGCUUAAGAUGAAGCUCAUGCAGUCUACAGAGGGUGCUAGCGCUCUUGUCGAAGAAAACGGAUCCGCGGCCCUGAUGCAUGCAAUGCGUGCGCAACAGAUUUGCGCGAAUCCUGUACUUAUCAGCCAAAGCGACCGAAACAAACAAAAGAAGCUCCUUGAACAGGCCCGAGACAUCAUCGCAGAGCUUCUCAAGGAGUGGCGGAACACCGCAGCAGUUGACGAGGAUGCAAUGGAGAUUGACAUUGAUGCUGGGAAAGGAAGCAACGAGCGAACAAUCGACCCAAGGAUGGAUAUGAUACUCCAACACCAAUUUGCAGCACUGUCUGACAACGCGGACCGCGUACAGGACCAGAAGCCUUCGGGUAAGGCUAGUGACGCACCCACUCUGCCGGAUGCCUCAAGUGCCGAUAUCGCAAUGCAAGAUGCUGGAGAAGGUGACACGACUGCGCAGCAAGAAGACGAUGGUGACGUGGAUGAUGAGGGCGCGGGACAAGACCAGGAGAAGGACUCUGAAGCUGAAUUCGUCGACACGGAAGUUGUUGACGAGAAGAGCCGCAAGAUCUGGCUCAAUAAGGUCAGAGAAAUGACUGAUAGAGAGAUAUUCUCCCAUAAAGUGCGUGAAGUGCUCGAAUGCAUUGAGAAUAUUGUGGACAUGGAACAGCAAGACAUCGUGGUGUUUACCACAUUCUUGAUGUUUCAUGACAUUAUCAGCGAGGCUCUGUACCGAAGCAAAUGGGCGCAUAAGGCUGGCGUGGAGGUACUGAGAUUCGACGGCACGACAUCGAGCCAGGAGAGGGCUGACAGGAAGCUCCAGUUCGAAACCAAGACAACGUUCACGAAAAUCAUGCUGGCUACGCCAGGGGCAGGAGGUUAUGGCCUGGAACUGUCAACAGCUCAACAUGUACUUCAGCUUGAACCUUGGUGGAACCACAACAAAGAGAGGCAGGCAUGGUCUCGUACCCAUCGCCAGGGCAACCUGAACCCCGUCACAGUGUGGAGAUUCAGCGCCUCGAACUCGCUGAUUGAUUCACUCUUCCUCGCGAUAGCUGGUAAGAAGACCAUCGUCAACGAGUCAGUCAUGAAAUACCUCAGAGUCCCACCAGGCGAGAAACCACGCAUCCCCAAGCAGUACUCAGGAACUACCGGUGAGUAUUGA